AGGAGGGAAAUCCUUCGUCCUGAAACAACGCGCCCUCUGGUGGCUGAACCUGGACGUCCUCAACUCUGCAGCGUGUUCAGGUUUCCACAUCCAACCCCUGCAGGGUUCUAGUCCUGGGUGGAGACUGGACCGAGAGCCAAACCUCCUGUAUGAGUUCACUUGUAGUCUGAGCAGAAGGAGUGGACUAUUGAUCGGUAUCAUGGCUACAAGCUCCUUUGGUUUCCUGCUCCUUGCAGCGUUUCUCGGUGGGCUCAAUGCAUCAAGACCGGUUCUAAACCAGGAGCUGUCUAAUAUUUUCAAUGAGCUGUGGAGGCUGGAUGUGAAUCGCAUGAAGCCCGGGAUAGACUACACCCUCUCUGUUCAGGGCAGGGCUGGAUUUGUGAGCCAGGGCAGCAGUGUUGUACAGGAUCACGCCUCGCAGCCUCUGUUCUCCAGAGUUGAUGAGAACAAACUGAAGAACGUAACCACCUUCUCCCGCUUCAUGAAGCUCCUGGACAACUAUGAGCGGUCUACAGGCGUGACAGAACGAGUCACAGCAGAGGAGCUGACUGAGAUUAAUCACUUCCUGGAUGCUGUGUUACAGACAGCAGUCAUGAAGCGGGCUCAUAAAUAUCUUGUGAGUAAAGGACAGUCCAGCUCUGACCUGAGGCUGUUCAAGAAUCAACUCAACUUGAUCUGGUUCCACCUCUACCACAGGCUGAGAAACGCAGGACUGGACUCCUCUGGAUUUGAACACGUCUUUGUUGGAGAGACGAAGUCUGGAACAGAAAUCAUCGGUUUUCACAACUGGGUCCAGUUCUACCUGCAAGAAAAGAACAGUCACCUGGACUACAAAGGAUACAAGGCCAGAGAGCACGACUUGCCCGAUCAGGACGACCACGUCCUGAACCUCCAGUUCGCCUGGCACGGUGUAGUGAAGCCCGUCGGCAGCGCCUUCAUCGGGACCAGCCCGGAGUUUGAGAUGGCCCUCUUCACCAUCGUCUUCCUCAUGAACACGGAGAGAAGCACCACGGUGCUCGUCAACAUCGACCAGUGUCAGAUGGAGCUGGUGGUCAUCAGACACGGACGCUCCCUCGGGACGGCGUACCCCAAACUGCUCAGCAGCAACAGCAGACACGUAAGGCAGCGCUCACACUGAGCGUCUGCCCCUGUUACUGUAUCAACAGUGAUGCUCGUCUUCACUCGAGAACGUGUGGUUUCAUUAAAAAGCCACACGCCUCUCACUGUAAACUCAACGUAACUCUUGAAAGAUGCUUUUAAAGUGAAACAUUAUGGUGUUUUUAUGUGAUUUUGUUGACAAGAAUGUCCUUUUCGAGCAUGUAAAACACAUUUGAAUCACUUGUAGUGAUGUUUAGUUGUGCAAAUAUAGAAGAAAUACUUCAACUGGCAACGAUGCAUUACAUUAUGUUACUGUACUGUACUGAAAUGUUCUCAUGUAUAAAAAUAAAAGGAUUAAUCAUCAAA